GAAUCCAAAGAUUAUAAAACAACAGCUUCUAUCAUAUUUACUAAACACAAACAGACAAAAAAAAAUGGUGAACAAACCCAAGACCGAGGACGAAAAGGCCCUCAAGAAGACGCCCAACGCCGAGCUGGUCCCUAGGACGUCCGAAUCCAGGCUCAAGUACCCAGGCCAUCCCAGCAACAACCACGUCGAGCGAUACACCCGGGUGGAUGCGACCACGAAAGCGCGGCAGAUGUACCAACACGACCCCCAAUCGAACUCCCAUUUGUACUGCUACUCCUACGACUCCCGAGACGACCCCACCUUCAACAAUCAAUACAACGAAAAGGACGGCAAGGGGUGUGUGGUCCAACGGAAGGCGGCCUUCUACACCUCCUCGACCCCCCACCACCGGAGCCAUCGGUCCAACCACGAGGCGAGGGUGGAGGAGAUCCUCCCCAACGGGAACGCGGGCAGCCCCAACGCAAUCGCCCGGCAGCCCAUUGUGGAGGAGCCCGGCGAGGCCCCACGCGCCCGCCGCGAGGUCGCCAGGCGCAAUCCCGAGCCCCCGAUCUUCCAAGCCGGCAGGAACGACCCAUUCGAGAGCAUGAGCCGCUGCAUGGAGGCUCACAUGGCGCAGAUAGAGUCGACCUUCGGCAAUUUCGGCAUGGGCCAUCGGGGGCGAUCGAUGUUGGACGACGUCUUUCCAAUGACCAACGAUUGGCCCUUCGAUCAGGAGUUCUUUGGCGGCAGAGGGCAUUCGAAGUACCAGUCUCAAUCGGGGUUAUAAACCACACUGUGCUAGUGGUAACGUCAUGGCUAAAUACCCUCGUCAAAAUUCACCUUCUAUAUUUUGCUUUCUAUCUACUAUUAUAAUAAAUAGUUUUGCUUUAUUAUUCUCAUGCAAGAAGAUUAAUAUUAUCUUGUGUUCAUUAAACUUGCUAUUGGAUACUAUUUCUCUUCUUGCUGAGCAUGUUCUAUAUUGUUAUGAUUAACAGUGAAAAUUCUAGGUCUUUAAGUUUAAUACCAAAUGAAUGCUACUCAGCUAUAUAGUUAAAUUUUGUUUUUUUAUUUUAGGUUAUUCCGUUAUAAAUCCGCUUACAGGAUCCGUGCU